AUGUUUGUCGCCGCCCUGAAACAGGAUUCGACUAUCAUCAGGGAAUUGUCACAAUAUCCCCGUCUGGUAGACAGACAUGAAAAAGUCCCAGGACUCCUAUCAGAGUGUGUGAAGCAAAAUGACCUUGGCAAUGUACGAUUUCUCUUGAGUGAAGGAGAAGAUGUCAAUGAAGAUAACAGCCACGUCAGAUACGGCCGAAGCCCUCUUCAGGAAGCCGUAGAGGAAGGAAAUCUAGAGUUGGUGGAGCUUCUCGUCAAAGCCGGUGCCAACGUCAACACACCGGCAGCCAAAUAUGGCGGCGCAACUGCUUUGCAGCUUGCAGCAAUCAAGGGGCGUCUUGGUAUUGCAAGGGAGCUGAGAGAGCUUGGGGCAAAUAUUGACGCUCCUGGUGCUGAGGAACAUGGCCGGACUGCUCUAGAAGGCGCGGCGGAACAUGGACGAAUCGACAUGGUUCAGUACCUUCUGAGUGAAGGAGCUCAGACCACUGGCCCUGGUCAGUUACAGUACUUGCGCGCCAUCAGAUAUGCCCAAGACUCUGGGCAAAUGGUGGUGGUGGACCUGCUCAAAGGUCACAGAGAAUGGACAGCGGAUGAUGAUACAUUAUGGGAAGAACUGUUUGCGUCGUCAUACAAUAAUUUGGAGAGGUAUGAGGCAAGAGCAGGCGAGCUAGUCACUGACCAAGACGAUGGAGAACUAGACACGGACAUUACAUCGCACAAAGGUUUUAGCCACGGCGAGGAGAGCUCUGGUGAUGAUGAAGCAGAUGACAUCUCAUCUGACCAUCCAGUCCAUAGUCAUACGGACGACAAUGGCGCGAAUUCAAAUGUAUGUCUGGAGGAUCUUGGACUAGCAGCGAUUGAAGAUUUGGAGAUGAUCACAGACGAUUUUAUGGCAUUCAUGGAUACGGGACUUGCUGAAUGA